GAUGCUGGGAGGAUGAAGAUGAAGAUGAGAGGGAGAAGGAGGAGGAGGAUGAAGAUGACAGCAGCGGAAGAGUAUUGACACCUAACCACGCACACUAAAGCUAAUAGCUAACUGCUACAUGCACGCACAGAUUCCGUUAUACAUGCUGGCAGAAGGUGGCUCCUCAGUACAGUAGCUACUAAUGCACACAGUAGCUUUGUCCUAAUUGCUGCCUAGCGCCUUGACAAAAAGAAGCUAACACACGUACACGCACACGCGCGCGAUGCAGUGUCCCAGGUGUCCUAUUGGACGAUAAAGCGGGCAGGAAUUGGUGAACAUACAUCACAUUCUCUCGUUUCGCACUCACACAAGAGUGAAAAGGCCUUGGCGGCCCAUAUAAGUACAAAUGUUGUGAUCUCUGACUGAGAAGCAGCAAGACUCAAGUUAGAUAUGUCCAAACGAGCUGCGGGAGGCCGGGGCAAGGGGGAGAGAGCAGACACCAUGGCGACCGUUCAAGCUGUCAAUGACGAACUGAGAGCUAAACUAAUAGACAUCCAGUUAGAACUUCAGCAGGAGAAGAACAAGGUGACGCCAUCAACAGUCACUGUCUAUAUGUGUGCAUGUGUGUCAAGUUCUGGUGAUGCGGUGUUGAUGUGUGUGUCAUGUCAGGUUAGUCGUCUGGAGAGAGAGAAGAGUCAGGAACUGAGGGCGGAGCAUCACCGCGCCACCGUUGCCAUGACGGAACUCAAAAGCAAACUCCACGAGGAGAAGCAAAAGGAAUUAGCCUUUACCAGGGAGACGUUACUACGGCAGCACGAGAUGGAAUUGAUGAGGGUGAUCAAAAUAAAAGAUGGAGAAAUUCAACGAUUGAAUGGUUUGGUGCUAACGCUGCGGGAUGGUUCCAUGGAUAAGGUGAGGAGUGCUUUGCUGGCAGAGGUGGAGGAGACACAGAGGAGCUGGGAGGCUGAGCGAUGUCGCUUCCAGCAGGAGGUUCAGGAGCAACGUGGAGCAAGGAGGAGCGCAGAAGAAGCACUGGCAGUGGCGCACCAGGCCUGCCAGUCCCGAGUAGCUGAGCUGCGCUCUGCUCAUCAUCAACACCAGGAGGAGCUUAACAGAACCAAGAGAGACUGUGAGAGGGAGAUCCGCCGACUGAUGGACGAGAUCAAACUCAAGGACAGAGCAGUUAGUGUUUUGGAUAAGGCUCUGGGGCUCCAGGCUGGCCAUGCCCACCGACUUCAGCUGCAGACUCAGGCUGCUGAGCAGCAAAUUGCAGCCCUGAGGGAUGCACAAAGGGCGGGGCUAAACUACCCAGGAAAUGUCACUAACACCACUACGAACAAUCCUCUUCAGAUUUCUCAGGAGGAUCGAGACAUGCGAAGAUUUCAACUGAAAAUCGCUGAGCUCAGCGCAGUCAUCAGGAAACUGGAGGAUCGAAAUGCUCUCCUGUCUGAAGAACGCAAUGAACAGUUGAAGCGACUGAGAGAAACAGAGAGUCAGUUUCUUCCUCUUCUGGACAAAAACAAACGCCUGAGCAGGAAGAAUGAAGAGCUAUCGCUCAUGCUGUGUCGCCUUGAAAACAAACUGCGCUUUGUCACCCAGGAAAACAUGGAGAUGGCAACUAUGAGAAGGCCGAGUUCGCUCAACGACCUGGACCGCAGCAACUCUGGUGGUUACCAUGGUUACAGCCAGGACGACAGUGAAAUGGAGUUUCUGCGACUUCAAGUUCUGGAGCAGCAACACAUCAUUGACGACUUGUCCAAGGCUCUGGAAACAGGAGGUUAUGUCAAAAAUGUCAUUGAAAGAGAUUUGUUGUUACGAUACAGACGUCAAGAAUCGGUGAGGAGGAAACGAACUGUGAGAUCCUGCAGGGUUAUAGAAACGUUUUAUGGUUAUGAUGAAGACGUUUCGGUGGACUCAGAUGGAUCAUCCUUAUCUUUUCACACUGACAAAACCCCUGACACGGAACCUGAAGAGGUGUGUGUUCGUGAGGAAGCGGAGCUUCGCUAUCGCCAACUGACACAAGAAUAUCAAGCUCUGCAAAGAGCCUAUGCUCUGCUAACUGAGACGAGUGGCGGGAACUAUGACGCUGAAAAGGAGAUCAAGACCAGAGAACAACUGCUGUCAGAAAUCAGUCAAUGUCAAACCAGAAUAACAGAUCUAGAGUCAGCAUUGAAACAACAAGGACGGGAUGUGAAGUGGGUGGAGGAGAAGCAGCUGUUGUAUCAGAGGAACCAGCAGUUGUUGGAAAAGGUGAGGCUUAUGGAGGCAGAAGAUGUUUGUCUGAAAAACGACAUCCAGGACAUCAGAGACCAAAAUGAACUACUUGAGUUCAGAAUCUUAGAGUUGGAGGAAAGGGAGUGGCGUUCCCCUGGCAUGAAAUUCCAGCAAGUCCAUUUCCCAGACAGCGUCAGUCCAUUGCAAGUGUAUUGCGAGGCGGAGGGCGUAACUGACAUCGUGAUCAGUGACCUGAUGAAGAAGUUGGACAUCCUAGGCGAUAACGCCGUAAGUAAUCUGGCCAAUGACGAGCAGGUGGUUGUGAUUCAUGCCAGGACUGUUCUCACCCUUGCUGAGAAGUGGUUGGAAUCCAUUGAAGUGACAAAGUCAGCACUGCAACAGAAGAUGUUGGACAUUGAAAGUGAGAAGGAUUUGUUCUGCAAGCAGAAGGGCUACCUCGAUGAAGAGCUCGACUUCAGGAAGCGCUCCGUGGAUCAGGCUCAUAAGAGGAUCCUGGAGCUGGAGGCCAUGUUGUAUGAGGUGCUACGGCAACAGGAUGAGUCCAGAAUUGUUGGACAGAAGGACGGUUGUGUGAAUGACAUGUUAACAGAGGACCAGAGGGAGGGGCUUAAGAGCGCAAUGGACCAAUGGAAACGAGCUGUGAUGUGCGAGCUGAGGGAGCGAGAUGCUCAGAUCCUCAAAGAACGAAUGGAUCUGCUGCAAGCCACACAACAGAGAAACAAAGAUUUGGAAGAAUUCAUUGAAGCUCAGAAACGACAAAUCAAAGAAUUAGAGGAGAAGUUUCUCUUUCUCUUCUUAUUCUUCUCUCUGGCCUUCAUCCUGUGGUCCUAACAUCAGCUGAGUCUGGCAUCCUGCAGCUGAACACUCAGCCUAUCCGAAACCAGCUGACCUCAAUGUCCCACAAUGCCUGUGUGCUGAUUCCCAGUGCAGGUGAUGAUGAUUUCUACUGCCUUUGUUUCAAAUUUUCAAAGUACUAUUUUACCUAUCUGAAGAAGUAUGUUGUUAAUAUAGUUGUAAAAGGUUCAAAUAAAGUGAGUGUGAAAAGGA